AUGAAGCAUUCCAUAUUUUAUAAGGAUGAUGUUAUCGAGUCUUACGACAAUCAGGAUGGUCGCCGUGUAUCAUUGAGGAAAAGAACAAAGUCACGAAGAUAUACGGAAUCCGAAUAUGGUCUUGACGCAGAUGAAUUUGACAAAACUAUACCUCAUGUUAAUGAAAUCAUAGUUGAAAACGAAACGAAAGCGUGGAAUUCAUUUUAUACCAACGAGAAAAUAUCGGACAUCCCAUUUUCUGGGUUUGGUACUGCUGAAACAGUUAAGGUUAUAGCACUAUCAUUACGAAGGUUGCGUAAAAAUUCAGAACUCAUGUCUAAUGAUGAUACAAUACUGGAGGUUGGUCAUGGAAAACAUCCUCUGAUUUGGGAUUUGAGAAAAAGGUUUAGAUUUAGGUACUACUUCGGAAUAGAGUUCAGUGAUACUGCAAUAUUUGAAGCUAUCAAGCUUAAAAGUAAACUGUUUUGGUCGGACAAGGAUAAUUAUAUCGGUAAAAAUGCUGAAUUUCUUUCAACAUCUUCAUUAAAAUAUUUUAAUCCGGACGGAUCUACAACCGCUACUGUUGUAGUACCGGAAAAUUUACAAAAAUCGACUCUUUGCGCAGGUUCUAUUUCCAUUAUCCUUGGAAAAAGUUUCCUAGACUAUAUAUCUUGCAGGUUAACUCAAAGUAUAAAUGCAUCGAAUUGGAAUGCUGAGCCAAGAAUAUCUCAAUCAGUUGUUGAUACGUUCGAUUCCUUAGCGCUCGCAUUAAGGGAUUCGGAUUCUUCUAUUCUUAUGUUCAUUGAACCUGACGAUUUUGUUAAAUUUCGGGACCACAUUGGUAUUAUAACUAAAGUGAUUUACACUUCAACCUUUAUAAAGGAUUCUCCCGCAAAAAUGCUGAAGUUAGCAUUUGUAAGACGUCACAAUAAUCUUGGAGCAAUUUGUUAUUCUCUCAAGAGAACCAGUGUGACUUACAAGGAUUAUUUGGAGUUAAGGAAUGAUGUGUAUGAAGUAACCAAAAAACUGUACCAACUUCAAGGAUAUCAAGAUGAAGAUUGGCUUCUACCGUAUACAGUUCCACCAAAAUGGAACAGUACAGAUACAAAGGAUUUUGAGAAUAUCUCAUAUAUUUGA